GGUCACCAAUUGCUUUUAAGUUCUGAACAUUACUACCUAGUGGGAUCAUAACAAAGUACUGGAAUAUUAAACAUUUUCGGAGGAGAGAACACCACUUCUCAAUGGAGCAAGUUCUCUCCAGCCCUCAAGGAUGUUCCGAGUGGGAGGUGAGUGGGAAGAGUGAGUGGGAAUCUGACCAGAAUCCCCUUGGAUUUCUCCUUAUGGAUGAAGAAAGCAGUUCUGUUUGUGAUUCUACAGAGAAUAUUGACAGACAUCAAAUGCCUCUGAGCUUUGAUCAUAUUUUUCAGGAGAAUGCAAUCAAUUUGGAUGACUUAUUUUGGGCCUCUCAGUAUCCAUGGCAAAAUGGUCUGGAAUGUGUCUGUCCUGAAUGGGAGACUCAAUCGUCUCAUCCCCAAGACCUCAAAGUUGACGGUUGUCCUGGAAGUUCAGAUGUUGUCACUGGAGAUCUCAUCAGUUUUCAUUCCACAUCUACUAGUCCUACAUUCUCAAAAAGACCUGUGCAGACUCCAGGCAGCCUUUUUGACUCACCUGAGCAGGUUUUCAUUGAACCCACAGAGGAUACUACAACCAUUAACCCUUUAGAAAUACAUACAAAUGGAACUGGCAUUGCUGACCUUGACUUUCAGACUGAGAAAACACUAUUACAAGAAGUCAACCUUGUUUUUGAAGACGCACUUUUAACAAACUGUGAAUUCAGCCAUAAUUCCCAAGCGGAACGGAUAUUUCGGAAUGAGAACAUUUUGAGCCCAUUUCCACAUGGGACUAAUUUUACUCUGGAAUCUAAAAGUUUGUUGUCUGUCUCUCCAGUAGAGGUGUCAUGUACCGAUACACAUUCAAAUCCCAAGUCUUCAAUUACAUGUCGGACACCUCCACCUUCUUGUAAACACAGCUACUUCUCAUCCCCAGCACUGCUUCAUGAGCCCACAACUCUGUUGACAUGUGCCGAAUCACUUGUUCCGCCAUAUCAUGAUGUCAGUGCAAUCUUUCCAAUGGAUGAAGUAGAGAUUUUGUUACCCGAGCUGCUUGCUGGAGGUUCGUACAUCUCUGAACAGGAGAGUAAUAAGCUCUUGAAUAGUAACAGGACUCUUGACAAUGAUCCUCAGAGCCAAGAGAUAACCGAUGCCAACAUAGGAACUCGUCAGGAAUCAAAACCACCAUCAUCUGGAUUAGAGACCGUCUGUGAGAGACCUUUAGAAGAGUCUUACAUAUCACCUGAACCUUGUGAGGAAAUUUUACCUCAUUUAUCUACAGAGAACUCUUCUGACAUAAUGUUGGAAAUGGUAGUUAAAGUGGGAAGGGAGGAGGCCACGCACAAGACUGACAGCAGUCUGUCUGAAGCUAAAACGGAACAUAAUCCAAAUUCCCUUAUACGUUUGCAAGGUGAAGAUACUUUAACAGAAAGCCCACCUGAGAGCGAGGAACUAAUGGAGUUCAAAUCAGCCUUAUCGGUCAACACAUCUGAACAUUAUGCUUUUCUUGAGCUCUCAUCUGAGUUUGAAACCUUGCCAUUGGUCCACUGUCAGGCUAUGCCCAAUACUGAUGUUGAAGCCUUAUCGGAGUUGCCCCAUGACAAAAAUGGAGACCUUAUUCCUGACAUCACGUUUGACAUUUUGACAAUAGACAGUGUCUCUUGCGAAGCUGUACCAUCUUCAGACUCUUUAUCUGUUGAAACUGACAAUGCACAGCCAACAACAGAACAGGACCAACAGUGUGAUCCAAACUCACCUGUCCUCAUAUCGGACAUACUCAAAAAUGAAUUUCAGAAUAAAAUAUUACCUCCAGAAAGCAAUAACCCAGAUGUUGGCCUCAAUGCUAAAGAGAUACUGUGUGCAGACAAUGCAACUACAACAGAUAACAUUGAGGAGCCACACGCAUGUUCACAUUUUGAAAAUCAGGAGGUAACCAAUUUCAAGAGUGAAUCGGGCAACUUACAAAUAAACAUUCAAAUUCCAAUACUUUGCACUGAUGCUUUAAACUUAGAUAGCGGCAUACCUGACAACAAUCAAGAUUUUAAUACAAGGAGUGAAGCAUGUCAGAAACAAAUCAUCACUACUCAAAAUACAGAGAGCAUACUUGUGGAAAAUCUUAGCCAACUGAAUGACAACUUUUCAAUUGCGAAAUCAAGUGCACUUGUAAAAGAUACAACUGAAGAUAAUGUAACACCUCACCAUGACAGUCACAAUACACCAUUGAAUGUUGUGAAGAAACUUCACAGUGUGUCUUUACAGGAAGAGGAGAGACCAAAUUGCAGAAUGUCACGUCAGAAUCAAGUCAUUCCUUAUCCUGAUUCUGGAGCGUCUACUCCUUUUACCUGCACAGGAGAUCAACUGAUCACGACUGGUGGACUUGUAGGGUGGAAUCAAGGAGAGACCAAAGAGACUCCUAGCCAAUUGAGUGAGACUACGGUAGAGAGAGUCCCGCCUACACAUCAGGUGGAUAUCACACAUCAGGUGACGCUAUCACAGAUAGAUCUGUCACAGGAGCAACAAGUGAGCUCAGUGCCCCCCAGCUCUCCUCCCUCACAUAGAAAUGUCUUGUACUGUGGAACCAGUCUGGAUGGGGAGGCCUACUUAACCUGGAUGGAGAAUAAUCCUGAUACUUCUAACAUUCCCAAACAUGCAGAAAUGACUCUGGAUCUUUGCAAGGCCUCUGAUGCUCUGCCGACCAAGUCACUCUAUGAUCAGAGAGUCCCUGUGGAUUUGAUAAAUGUGCCUAUAGUUUCUUCGACAGCCUGUAGAGAUGAGGAACAGUCAGCUCUCCGAGCUGUAUUCCAGGCUUUGGAUCAGGAUGGAGAUGGAUUUGUCCAUAUAGAGGAAUUUAUAGACUUUGCAAGAGCAUAUGGAGCGGAACAGGUAAAGGAUCUGACGUGUUUCUUGGAUCCCAGCGGUCUAGGUGUGAUCAGUUUUGAGGAUUUCCACAGAGGCAUCAGUGCAAUUAGCUGUGAAGGUUCUGAUCCAGAUAUUUACAAGUCUCAGCUCAGCACAGUGGAAGCCAAUGGACCUCCAGAGGAGUAUGAUGAGCAGGCAGAGGUCUCUGACAGUGCCUAUCUCGGGUCGGAGAGUGCUUACAGCGAGUGUGAAACGUUCACGGAUGAGGACACAACGGUUCUCAUUCAUCCAGAACUCCACGAGGACGUGGAGACAGACAGUGGCAUUGAAAACACACUCACGGAUGGAGACGAACGCAACAGGUUCACCCUGGGCUCUGAUUUGAAUGGCCACACCCUAGUGGCCGUGAUUGGAGGAGAGGAGGAGCACUUUGAGGAUUUCGGAGAGAGUAACAACACGUCAGAUCUGCCACUGGCCAAUCAGGAGGAGGGGAGGAUGGCUCCAGAGGGGGAGGGGGAUGCAGAGCCACACCCUGACAGUCCAUUGCCCCGCCCACUGAUGCUGCUGUCCCCUAGCCCCAGCUCUUUUCCUGCUAGUUUUCAGAGUUUCAUUCAGUCUGAGUCGCUGGAGUUUUUCUGCACUCACUGUCACAAGCAGAUCAGUCGUCUGGAGGAUCUGUCCACUCGACUGCAGUUACUAGAGAUGAAUAGUUCCAGUAAAAGGCUGUCCAGCAAGAAAGCAGCGAGACAUUUGCAGCAGUCCAGCACUCUGGAUGUCAUGGGAGGUCUGACUCAAGAUAUUUUUGAUCUUGCGGAUCGGGACAUCACUGACAAGGUGUUACUGUUGGAGAAACGCGUGUGUGAGCUAGAGAAUGAUUCAUUGGAGAGCGAAGAGCAGCAUGCACGUUUGCGACAGGAGAAUCUCACGCUCGUACAUCGUGCAAACGCUCUGGAGGAACAACUGAAGGAGCAGGAGUUGCACGCAGAGGAGAACUUACUCAUACACACUCGGAAACACAGAGAUGCUCUGACCAAACUGCAGCGAGACCGAGAUGUGGAGAUCGAAAACCUUCAGGCCAGGUUGCAACAGUUGGACGAGGAGAACAGUGAGCUGAGGUCAUGUGUACCAUGCCUGAGAGCCAACAUUGAGAGACUGGAGGAGGAAAAGAGGAAACUCCAGGAUGAAGUGGAGGAUGUCACCGAUCGAUUAAACGAAGAAACCGAGUCCCGCUGGAAAAUGUCAGAUAAACUAAGCCAUGAGCAUCAUACCAACCAGAAAGAGAAGGAGUGUACUCAGGGGUUGAUCGAGGACUUGAGAAAGCAGCUGGAACACCUGCAGCUGUUUAAGUUGGAGACAGAAGCAAGAAGAGGCAGAUCGGCCAGCUCGGGUCUCCAGGAGUACAACACACACAUGAGAGAGAAUGAACUCGAGCAGGAGAUACGUCGACUAAAACAGGACAAUCGCAGUCUGAAGGAACAGAAUGAUGAAUUGAACGGUCAGAUUAUUAAUCUGAGUAUCCAGGGAGCAAAGAGUCUCUUUACGGAGUCUCUCUCCGAGUCCCUCGCCGCCGAGAUCAACAACGUCUCCCGUGCCGAGUUGAUGGAGGCUGUCCAUAAACAGGAGGAGAUCAACUUCCGUCUGCAGGAUUAUAUCGACCGCAUCAUCGUCGCAAUCAUGGAGUCCAACCCCUCCAUCCUGGAGGUCAAAUAAUCGCCGUGAUGAUGACCUAUCAUGACCUUACCGUUCUAGGGUCAUUUACUGUAUAAACUGUAACGACUUCAGCGGCGAGGAGAGAGGCAUAUUAAACAGACCUGGAAAGGAUGUGAAGAAUUAAUUCGCAACGUUGAUCAAACGCUGCUUUCACGCAUGAAAGUAAAUGAUAUAAUAAAUCAGAGCACUGUCUGCAGAAAGCAAAAUUGCAAUAGAUAUUAAGCCUUGUUUUCAUGGGUAACCAUCCAAAUGGGUAAGCAAAAUAAACGUAACAUAAAAUAUAUUCUCUGAAAACAAGCCUUAUUAUUUUACACAAGUGUCUUGUUUUAAAGGACGUUUGAAUAUUUUUACUGCAACACAUGACAAAAAUAGAUUAAGACUUGAGUUAUUUCUUGCAGUAUUUUGGUUCCUGUGACUUCCCCGUGUCGGGAUUGAGGGACCUAUUCCCCGUUUAUGUGUGCAAAAUAGCGUAUGUGUGUUUACGAGGAAGCAGAUAUUCAUGCAUUGAAUUUCAGUCUGCACAAUCUUUUAAUUUGUGCAAAAGUAAACAUGCAUACGCAGUCUUGCGUAGUGUUUUUAAACGAAAUACCAGUGUAAUUCUGGGUGAAACAGUCACACUAUUAGCCCAUGUGAGGGACAUUUGCUGACCUGAGGGAUAAAUGUGUGCAUUUGUUUGCAUUUUGACUGUUGUUAUGAUUUAGCUCUUAAAAUGAGUUUGAUGCCUACAGAUUUGUUUUGCUGAAAUCAACAGCUUAAUUGUUAGAUAAUGUAAGUUAUUUAGUUCUUGUUAUUUUUUUAACUAUAAAGUCUUAUUUAUAAGGAUGAUGCAGAAUGCAACGGAUCAAAAGAGACCAAGAUCUACUAAUGUAUGUGAGGAUAAGGUUUUUUUUAAAUGGUACAUUGUGGGUAAACUCGUCGGCCCCAUCUGCCUCCUCUGGGAUUAUUUCAGAAAGACUUCCUGUAUAAAAAGACUCCUCGAGACCUUUGAAAUGAGAUGCAUUUGCUUUGAAACAUUCACUGGAGCGAAAUAUGAAUUGCACUCUGAUAUUUUAUGAAGAGAAACUACGAUUUACGAAAAGUGAAGCUGUUUUAAAGGGGAGAUGAAAAAGAAAGUUUCUGCUGUGGAGAAGAGGAGACUUUAUAUUCUGCAGAAACUCAAACUUUUAACACACGGGAGAAAUUAGACACUUUAACUGGCCCGUUCUUGCUUUUCAACACUCUUCUAUCAUUCCUUCACUCUCUCUGUUGAACUUGGAUGUACAUAAUAAUCUGUACAGUUUGAUCUUUCUUUCAUUGGUUUUGAAUUGCUUCACAUAUUUUAUGGACAAACUGAAAUUCUCUUUCUCUGUUCCUGCAUUAUGGAUGUUUCUCUCAUCUGGGACAAGCAUGUUUGAUUUCCAUGGAUCUUUAUGGGAGGAAAUGCCAGUGAUACUUCCAGGAUUGUUGCGAUAUUACAGUGGAGAGUUCAUGUUUUUUUUAACGUGAAGAAAAUGUAAUGCUGUUCUCAGAUGACACUUAAUCACUUGUGCAAAGGCUGCAGUAUUUUUCUUUCUGCAUUUCAUGCACGGUGCACAUUUUGUUUUCUUUAUUCAAACAAAACUAUUUCAGUUUUGUUGUGUCGGAUCAGUUCACAUGAGGGAUGUUUUGUAGGAGAGAAGGUGGAAUACAUUUAAGAACAAUUCUGCUGUCUUCAAAGAAGGAUCUGACCUUCUUGUCCAACCGAACCACAGCUGUUAUUGUCUGUACGGCUGUUUUCGAGCUACUGUAACUAUACCGAUGGACACACUGAAGCACCUCUUUGAACUUUGGGCUUGUUUGUGUCUUCAGCUGUCUCAUGUAUUAAUUUCCUUAUAGAGAUAAUAAGGGGAGAACUGAAUUGACUGCUAUUGAUCUGAUGUUUAACAACUCUUGUGUAUAUAGUUUAAAAAAACUAAAUCUUUCAUGUUAACACACUCCAAAGAAAACAUUUCACAGCUUUGGAGUUCAGCUUGCCACUUAGACUUUAAAAGACUAAUAAUAGCUAUAAAUAAAUGUUAAUAAAAACAGUUAUAAUGAAGGAUACAAUUGUAAAAAAAUGAUGUUUACUCUUAACUCUUAAGGUAACUGUAUAAAUGAAAAAUAUCAGUAUUGUCUUCUGUUGAAUGUUUUGCUUUAUUUUGAAGAUGCCCCCUGAGAUGUAUCUUUUACUGUUUGGGGUCUUAUAGAUUUUCAAAUAAUUGUAUGAAGUUUAGAAGAAAAGUGAAAAUUAAAUUGUCAACAAUAAAUUAAAUGCAAAUACCUGUUUUGUAGACAUUGUGGUCUGUCAAAUACUUAAAGGGACAGUUCACCCAAAAAUAUAAAUUCUCUCAUCAUUUACUUGCCCUCAUGCAGUC